AUGGAAGCAAUCUUUGGCAAAUCUUUCACCGCAGACGACAUCCCUGACCUGGCCGGGAAGGUCUACCUCGUCACCGGUGGUGCUCAGGGUAUCGGGUUCGGUACUACCUACAACCUCUUGAAGCACAACGCAACUAAAGUCAUUAUUAUCUCCCGUAACCCUGAAAUCGCUACCGAAGCCAAAGAAACCCUCGCAAAAGAACUCGGUCCAGACGUCCACGACCGUGUCCAGUGGAUCCAAUGUAACCUCUCGAACCUACCGGAGACUGACGAGGUUGCCAAAAAGAUCGCGCGGAGUGAGCGUCGCUUGGAUUGUAUCGUUGCUAACGCCGGUAUCGGAAUCGACAAAUAUUCGAUGGGUCCGAGUGGGAUCGAGGAGCACAUGGCUGCGAACCACUUUGGUCACUUUAUCUUGAUCCAGCAUUUGAUGCCGCUCAUCAAAGAGAACAACAACAAGUUUGGAACCCCUGGACGUGUGGUAGUCACCUGUUCCGAGAACCACCGCUGGGCGAAAUCCGACACCAAAUUCGCGAGUGUGGAUGAGUGUAACGAGGAUAUCGGCCCCACCUAUCUCUACAAUAGGGCUAAACUCGCCAACAUCCUCAUGGCACGUCAACUCAUCAAGCACCACCUCUCAGGACCCAAUCCGCCCCGUGUCUACAUUAACUCGAUCCACCCCGGCGUCGUCGCAACGACUCAACAACACGUCGCCGCAGAUACGUACGACAAGAACGAGGGAUAUGGUGUCUUGCCGCAUAUCGCGCACGCCGUCAUCCGCCCCUUCUUGAAGGAUAUCUUCGAAGGGUGUAUCAGUGAGUGUUAUGCCGCUACAAGCCCGGAGAUUGAGGAGAAGGAAGUUCAGGGGAAGUACAUCAUGCCCCCGAACUCGAUUAAGGAGGGAAGCUCGAUGAGUUUGGAUGAGGAGUUGGGCGAUCAGUUGUGGAGGUUGUCUAUCCAGGUUGUCAAGGAUAAGACUGGGACAGUGUUUGAGUAA